CAUUCCGGUUGAAGUGUUAUUUUGCAGAAUGCUUUAGGAGUGCUAGGCAAAUAAACGAAAAACAUAGCAAAUGGAAAUAUCACCGAGUGAAACGGAAAAAUGCACGAUGCUCAGUUUACACGUGAAACAAUCGAAGCCAGUGAUAAUAGUGAGUCAGUCUCGGACACACAAGAAGAAAAUGAUAACCCCCUCAUCUUUGUACCUACGAACCCCCUGGAGUGGACCGGUGAACACAUCAGUUCCUGGGUACAGUGGGUUACGAAAAAGUUCAACAUAUUUCCUAGCCUUGAGCCGGCGAGAUUCCCGUGCAAUGGAGUCGAUUUGGCCAAAUUUACCAAGGCGGAUUUCUGGGUUUGCGCCGGUAGCAAAGCCGGCGGUGAUACGCUGUCGAAACACUUUGCUCAUUUCCUGCAGAUCGGAACCGGAAUUGAAGACAGGCUGCUAGGAAACAAUAUUGAUCCAGAGCCAUACCAACUGUUGAAUGCAGCAUCACAUCGACUGGUGGCGCAAGGUGGGCAGAUCCAACUGUGGCAGUUUCUUCUCGAACUGCUCGCUGAUUCGUCGAACGAACGCUUCAUUCACUGGGAGGGAACAAAUGGGGAGUUCAAGCUCAUCGAUCCAGACGAGGUGGCACGCCGAUGGGGAGAGCGGAAGGCGAAACCAAACAUGAACUACGACAAGCUGAGUCGGGCGCUAAGAUAUUAUUACGACAAAAACAUUAUGACCAAAGUUCACGGCAAACGUUACGCGUACAAAUUCGACUUUCACGGACUGAUGGCUGCUUGCCAGGCACAAGCGCAGCUCACCGAACCUGGCGCCAGCUGUAUGAUCUCACCAAGUUACAAUAAAUACUCAUCGCACGUGGAUCCCUACAGCACAAAUUUUUCAAAUAACCCAAACGACAGCAGCCCGAUAAGCUAUGGAACGGCAACCAGCCCGGAAUCGAUCUCCAACGCAUCAUCUUCAUCGCCUACCUCCGUAACUCCUGGCUGUAGCGGAAAAACAACGAUGGUUCCCUAUUGGCCACCAUACGCUGCCUACUCCAUGCCGUCGGUACCUCAAACAACUACUGCAAAUUCUAUUGCAGACAUUGUUCCUGUUACGUCGUCAGCAUCAUCAGCAACGACGACUGCUACAACACCGGAUGAUGUUACGGCAUCAUAUGACUCACUUGACCAAUAGGACUAGUCUGUUGGACUUCCGCUACUAUUGAAUAAAGGCUCAUGAUGCUAGAAUUUACAAACAAAAAAAAACGGGGCCCCUAAGAUGCUAAUGCGGUGUAUAAAAUAUUUGAACGUUUGUUGGUCCUUUAAUGCGCAUUAAUUCGGUUAAGUGUUUAGUGAUUGUAGGCAACAAGUAAAUAAAGACGUACAAUAAUAAUGAUAAAAAAAUCAACAUGACAAUUCUACU